AUGACGUCGCCGAAUCUGCGAGCCUUCUUGGGCGGCCUCGCCCUUGCUGGGCUGGCCAUCGCGUCGUCUGCCUACGCAAACGAAGAUCCUCUUGUCGCAUCGCAGAUUGUAAAUGAUCCCUAUACGUACGACUUCCCACGGCUGGGCGCCAAUGGCGCCUCGUUAUUUCCAAUGCGCCCUUGCAAUGGGUUCAAGUUAGAGGAAGCAAGCGUGGAUGAGAUCCAGCAGAGAAUGGGCAAUGGCUCGCUCACAAGCGUGCAACUUCUGGAUUGUUAUUUGGACCGUAUCUAUCAGACGCAGCCUUAUCUAAAUGCUAUCAUGCAGUUGAACCCUGAUGCUUAUGCCAUUGCGAAAAAGCUCGACGAGGAACGUGCCAAGGGUCAUGUUCGUGGUCCUCUCCAUGGUAUUCCGUUCAUUGUCAAGGACAACAUCGGCUCCAAAGAUCGCCUGGAAACCACAGCUGGCUGCUGGGCUCUGAUCGGCAAUGUGGUACCUCGCGACUCCUUCGUGGUCCAUGGCCUGCGCAAGGCUGGUGCGCUCUUAGUCGGAAAAGGAUCCAUGAGUGAAUGGGCCGACAUGCGCUCCAACAACUAUUCCGAGGGCUACUCCGCCCGUAACGGACAGUGUCGAAGUGCCUACAACUUCACGGUCAACCCUGGUGGCUCGAGUACCGGACCCGGUGUGGCCGUUGGAGCGAAUCUGGUUCCCAUUGCUCUUGGCACCGAGACUGAUGGAAGCGUCAUCAAUCCGGCUCAGAGAAAUGCCGUUGUGGGAAUCAAACCCACGGUCGGUUUGACAUCUCGGGCCGGCGUCAUCCCUGAAUCUCGACACCAAGAUACCAUUGGUACAUUUGGUAAGACUGUGCGCGAUGCUGUAUACGCUCUGGACGCGAUCUACGGCGUCGAUCCUCGGGACAACUAUACUCUAGCCCAGCGUGGCCAGACACCCCAGGGCGGCUACACGCAAUUCCUUUCCCAGAAAGACGCCCUCAAGGGGGCAGUCUUCGGAUUGCCAUGGCAGUCAUUUUGGGCACUGGGCGAUCCGCAGCAAAUAGCGCAACUGGAAGAACUCCUCAACUUGAUCAAGUCUACUGGUGCCACCAUCAUCAACGGCACAGAGCUUCCGCACUACAAAGAGAUUGUGUCACCCACCGGGUGGAACUGGGACUAUGGCUCAGCGCGCGGCUACCCCAACGAGUCCGAAUACACGUACAUCAAGGUUGAUUUCUACAACAACCUACGAGACUAUCUCUCCGAGGUGAACAACACCCAGAUGAAGUCCCUCGAGGAUAUCGUCCAGUAUUACAAGGACAACUACGGUUCGGAGGGUGGCUUCCCAUCCAUUCAUCCUGCCUUUGGCUCCGGGCAGGACGGAUUCCUCGCCUCCCUUGAGACCAAAGGAAUCAUGAAUGAAACGUAUUACUCUGCGCUGGAGUUCUGCCACCGUACCACUCGCGAGGAAGGAAUUGACGCUGCUUUGAAGUAUCAAAAUCGAACCCUCGAUGGCCUCCUCGUACCCCCCGACGUCGCCCAAAGUAUCCAGAUUGCCGCGCAGGCUGGGUAUCCCGUGAUCACAGUUCCUGCGGGGACCAGUCCAGAGUCGGGUAUGCCCUACGGACUGGCCAUCAUGAACACUGCUUUUUCAGAGCCGACUUUGAUCAAGUACGCCAGUGCCAUUGAGGAUCUUCAGAAGACCUCGGGCACCAAGUGGCAGCGCACCCUCCCUGAGUGGCGGGGCUACCUCCAGCGGAACCUACCUGUUCCUUUGUAG